GACAGCUCCUUGAACCUCAAUUACGACAGCGUCAGUUUCUACUUGCCUCUUGGCUUCAAUAUCCCGUAAGGAUAAUGUGAAUUGUGUUGUACCGUCGUAUAGGAAUCAACAAUGAAGCUUCCGAUAUCGGUAAACACGCAGCUUAUUGCUUGCUUAUCCGAGUUGAGCGCUUUUCCGUACGCUUCGAAACGUCCAAAUGUACCGUCCUUUCUCGACGAGAUUGAUAGACAGAGGUACCUAGUCAUCGGGAUCGGAAUGAACAGACAUGUGUCUGAGGUUCGAGACACAUGCUGGGGUUCGGAUUGGAAUAAGUCGAAGGGGCCUCGAACUGGGCACAGACAGGGCAUCGUGGGGAGCACGGGGCUCCCUUGCCCCUCGGCGAGGUGCUCCGCCCUCCGCGAGAGAAAGAACCCGCCCGUUGCCGGACAGGCACCCGUUGCCGGUUUCAGGAACACUGCCAGCUGCCAGGGACAGCCGCCCACCCAUUGGUGCAAGGGUACCUACAUCCUGGCUCACCUCGCUCAGCUUCAAGGGAACUGGAACAAGAUGGCUACUGAUUCGACGACAGCCACACCUGGCAGCGUCUUGUUGGUCUUUGCCAUUUUCUUGCCCCGUGCCGUGAUCACGGCUGCCUCCGCUGCCGAACAGUCCUUCUCAUUCCUACCUCGUCACCUGGGGAAAGAUGAUCCGGUUAUCGUCAAAGGACGAGACUACGUCUUCAACGUGACGUUAUUCGAUGAGAUGAUGAACGCUAUCGAUGUCAUGCAAGAAGUCUAUUUCCAGCCAUGGGUUGGCACAUGGCCCUCUGCUAUCGACUGGACCGCUGCUGUCUUAGGGACACACAUUGCCGGUACACUUGAAACUCUACAUCGAAGCCUCGAGAUAGCGGCGUCAAGGGGGAUCGAAAUCUCAGAGGGGUGGUCAGCAACGGAGAACACGAUCUCUCUUUACUUCUCCCAGUUGAUCGGCUUUUACUUCGGCCAGAACAUCUUUGCACUCCGCCAGGAAGCUUUUGAUGACAUGCUCUGGGUUGUAUUGGGCUGGCUCGAUACCACCAAGUUUGUUGAUGGAUAUAGCAGUACAUCCAGCCGGCCGCCGUCAGACCUUGGUGACGGCAAUGGUGUUAAGUUUCCAACAGAAACGUUACGGAAUCGUACUUGGCACGGGACUUUGUGGACUCCGGCGUUUGCUCACCGAGCGAGGAUAUUUUGGGAGCUGGCAGCCGCUGGCUGGGAUACGACACUCUGUGGCGGAGGGAUGAACUGGAACCCUCGAUUGCUGCCGUAUAAAAACGCCAUCACCAAUGAGUUAUUCAUCGCCGCAUCGGUGAUGAUGUACCUCCAUUUCCCUGGGGACGAGAACAACUCACCUUUCAUCUCUUCUGAGCAUAGCCAGCAGCCCAGGUCUCCCAGUCACUCAAGAGACAAGAAAUGGUACCCACAUGAUCCCAAGUACCUCGCCGCCGCGCUGGACGCCUACAGCUGGUUGCUUUCCUCCAACAUGACUAACGAACUCGGCCUCUACGCCGACGGCUUCCACAUCUCCGGCUACUCCUCCGGCAGCAACAAUACCAAGUGCGACGAGCGCGACGAGAUGUUGUACACCUACAACCAAGGCGUCCUUCUCACCGGGCAGCGGAACCUCUUCAGCGUUGAUCCCGAUCCAUCCUACCUGAAGGCAGGCCACACGCUCAUCCAAAACGUCAUCCGAGCGACCGGCUGGGACCUGGCGCGGGACUCUCCAGUUGAUGACCUCGACAACCUUAAGCCAGGCGAGCUCCCGCCCUGGCGCGGCUUGGGCCGGGCGGGUAUCCUUGAAGAGGUCUGCGAUGCGAAGGGCGAGUGCUCGCAGGAUGCGCAGACUUUCAAGGGGAUUUGGAUGCACCAUUUUACUGCGUUUUGUUCACCCAUCACCCAACAACCACAACUACGCCACACAACAAAGACAAGUACAGCACCACCUCCCGGUCCUGACCUCUGGAAAAGCAUAGCAAAAGCGCACUCAGCAGCUUGCCUACGGUAUUCCGGCUGGCUGAAGCACAACGCGCAUGCGGCAGCGCGCACCAGGGACAGCCAAGGCAAGUUUGGUAUGUGGUGGACAGCUGGUUUGCUGAACGUCAAGACAUCUGAGCUCCGUUUUGGGCGAAAUUCGUUGGCUCCUAUGGAGCGAGUCAUUGAUUAUCGGAAUCAAGGGGUCCCGCAGACUUCCGAGUGGGUUCCGGCAGGAAAAUUGCUGCCUGGAGGCGGAGGCGGAGGGCCAGGAGGCCCAACGGUGAUUUAUAAAGAUCGGGACAGCAAUGUGCAGCGUCCGUUGACUGGAAGCUGCCAGUUGAGCGAAGGGUCGGAAAAGACGGGUCUUAACGUGGCUGAGGAGUGUAGCCGGAAAGUGGAGGAUGAUGGUGAUCCGAAUACUCGCGGUAGGGGCAGGACGGUGGAAACACAAAGCGGGGGGUUGGCGGUAUUGAGAGCGUUGUGGGAGCUUUCUGUACAGGAUGAGUAGAGUGGUGGUCUUCUAGAGAGAAGUAUUGCACAUAGGACCUAACUUGAAUAAAUUUAUUCUAUCAAG